AUUUUAGCUCUCACUUUUCAGAAACUCUUCAAGUAAUUGAAUCUACGCGCGUGUAUUACCCGAGCACGAAAAAUACGUAGAACGAUGUUUUGUUACCCUUCCUAGUCUUUUUAUUUUUAUUUUUUUAAUUUUUUUUUUGUCACGUAAAAGAAAAACCUAAAUUGAAGAAACUAUCGGCUCUCUCUGCAAGACAUUGAAUCAGCUUGCAUCGCUGGAGGUUUUGUUUACCGGAAUCUGCUUUUACAGUCCAACGGUUUGUGUGUUACUAGUAUUUGCAAGCAAUCAUGGAUUGGGGUUUUGUGAAUAGAAACUGGGAAAAAUGGGCAUGUAACAAUGUUGGUUUUGAUGGUGAACCAUUAAAGGCUGCUCUCCUAAUCAAUUAUGACCCAACUGGACCUUCUCGCCUGCUGUCUACAAUUGCAGAGGAGGAAGGUAUAGAAGCAGACCCCAUUGAAGUAGGCGAGUUUGUGAACUUCAUCAAACGAGGCAAUUACCAGAGUGAAAGCUUCUUUAUUGAAUCAAAUCAAUAUGUGGUUACAUCAAUACACGAGAGUUGGUUUUGUGGAAGGUGCAUGAACACUUCAAAGCCUGCGGGUGAAGGAGCUAUAGUCUACAAGACGCCAUCUUUUCUCUUUGUUGCCUUAUAUGAAGGCUCCAUUGGUGCUGCAUCUCGUGCAAUGGCUGCAGUUGACCGUUUUGCAUGCCAAUUGGAACGAAGAAAUUUUUGAUAAUGAAUGUACAACCCAUCUACUCCUUCCUUUUCUCCAUUUCUUAUCCAUAAACUUCAAUUUCUGGGAAGCAAAGUUCGACUAUUUUGGUCUCUGUCACAUUUUGAUAACUUAAAUACAUAUAGGAUUAGGACCAGGUUAAUUUCCAUAUGAGGGCAUAAUAGUAAAACUCUUAACCCCGACCCCGAUUUGAGGUGAACAAUUCAAUGUUUUCAAUGUUUGGUUUGUG